AUGUCUAAUAGUACUGAAUUUAAUUCAAAUGAGUGGAUUGAUUGGAUUGAAGAAGCUAUUGCAAAAAAGCACAUUAAAUAUUACGAUUACAAACAUUUUAAUAAUAUUCAAAGAAAUUGGUUCUGGAGGUUUUGGAAAAUUAAAGAAAUCGUUAAUGAACUUAAUCUUCAGCGCGAAGUAGAUUUUCAUGAAAACAUUAUUCGUUUUUGUGGUAUUACAACAGCAAACCAAGAUGAUAAUUCAAAAAAAUAUUUACUGGUUAUGGAAUAUGCCGAUAGUGUUAAAGAAAUUGUUAAUGAACUUAAUCUUCAGCGCGAAGUAGAUUUUCAUGAAAACAUUCUUCGUUUUUGUGGCAUUACAACAGCAAACCAAGAUGAUAAUUCAAAAAAAUAUUUACUGGUUAUGGAAUAUGCCGAUAGUGGUACUCUCCGAAAUUAUUUAAGUGAACAUUUUGAUAGUCUCACUUGGAAAAAUAAAUUGGAUCUAGCAUUUCAAUUAGCUAAUGCCAUAUCAUGCUUAUAUGAUGAAGGUAUUGUUCAUCGUGAUUUGCACUCAAAUAAUAUAUUAGUUCAUAAGAAUACCAUUAAAUUAGCAGAUUUUGGUUUGUCAAAAAGGAUUGAAGAAUCAUCCAAUAUUCAACAAAAUUUAUUUGGAAGGAUUGCUUAUAUUGAUCCACAAGCAUUUAAUAGAAAAAGGGAUAGUAAUAAUAAAAUACAAGUAUAUUCAUUAAAUAAAAAGAGUGACAUCUACAGUAUCGGCAUACUCUUGUGGGAAAUUUCUAGUGGUCGGCCACCUUUUCAUAAUGACCCACAUGAUGUUGGUUUGGCUAUGGAAAUUGUACGAGGUCUUAGAGAAAAUCCUAUACCUAAUACACCUGCAGAUUACAUAAAAAUAUAUACUGCAUCAGGAAGAUUGAGAGAACCACUUAAAUAUAAAGAAUAUUUAAAUGGAAAGUACAGGAAAAAAGGACAGGAAGAGGGAAAGAAAGGACAAAGGAAAGGAUAA